GUGCAGGGACCACGCCCAAGUUCAAAUCUGACGGGGCUGCAGCAGUCCACCUUGACCUCCCUCCCCUCGGUGGUAUCCUGGCGUGCUGGCGAGGGGGAGGGGCGUUGGUUCAGCUUCUCUCCGGUUUGGCUCCUGGUCGCAUGGCUCCGCCUCUAACUCCGCCUCCGCCUCUAGCUCCUCCCACUUCUACUCGCCGAUCGCCAGUGAGGACUCGUACCCUCGGCCAGUGCACGACGAGCCGCCGCUCAAGGCCAGAAGAUCCGAACCACGCCCAAAUCCUUACAAUGACUCACGGCCGCCCAUCCCUGCCGCCCACUCGAACCUUUCGAACGUCCACCCCGCCCAACCCACCGCCCACUUCCCGCCCACCGCCCACCCGACUGCACAUGCCGCCCACCAGAUGCCAUAUGCGCCUAAAGAGAGCGUGGGCGUGGGCGUGGGAGGCCUGUCCCCCCGGAAGGCUCUGAUUCAGGACGUGGUGCUGAAGGAGUCGACCCGCGCCUUCAGGUCCCACCCGCUCUUCCCGCUCCCUGAAGGACCUCUCCGUCGCUCGACUACUACUUCGAUAGGCUGCCUUCAAU